CCACCAGCACAUCCCAAAAUUGAAAGUUUCUGAUUACGCACGCUGCUGGAAAGGAUCAGAGUUGGAAGCCGCCGGAAGCAUGUCCCCUCCCAAGAGACAGUGCCUCGACCAGGUGGUCAACGACCUCUGCCUGGGCCACUACCAAAUGGGCCUCAUCCGCAUCAACGAGGAACUGGACCAGCUGCGCGAUCACGACCAGAUCGUGGCCCUGCUGGAGCUGAAGAACAUCCUGGUGCGGCUGCGGCUGGAGCUGAAGGCCGAGGAGCAGCGCUCGAUUGGACCGACCCGGCACUCGGACGCCCUGCCCCACGGCUUCAGCCUGGAGAUGCUGGACGUGGUGCAGAAGGUGCUCCGGUGCCGCAACCACUACGAGGUGCUGCGCGUCUCCCAUCACGCCACCUACUCGGAGGUGAAGCGGGCCUACCACAAGCUGGCCCUGCGCCUCCAUCCCGACAAGAAUCUGUGCCCCGGGGCCGAGCAGGCCUUCCGGAGGAUCAGCGAGGCGGCCGACUGCCUCACCGACUGCCAGAAGCGGAUCGAGUACAACAUAGUGACCGCUGUGGGGGAUUGCUUUGGUCAGCGGCGCUCGGAGUACGAGGACUACCUCAACGCCACCAAAGAGAAGGAGCGGGAGGACAGUGACCCGCCCGGGGAUGAGGCCAGGGAGCUGCAUCGAAAGCCGUAUCAGCCGGCCAACCAGCGGAAGCCGCAGCGCCAGUCGUACUACCAAACCGAGCAGCUGGUGAUCGGCGUCCUGGCCUCCCUGGUGUUCCUCUUCAUCACCCUCCACUACAUAGCCGCCGCCCCCGUCUACAGCUUCUCGCAGACCAGCACCCACAGCCUGCGCCGGAUCAGCCAGACCCACCACGUUGCCUACUACAUCAGUCCCUCGAUUCUGUCCAAGUACACGGACCAGAAGCUGGCCAAGUUGGAGCGCGAAAUCGAGGAGGUCUAUAUAUCGGAGCUCAAGCAGAACUGCAAGCAGGAGCGAAGUCUGCGGGACACCAUGCUGCUGCGGGCCAGGCAGGGCAACAAUGCGAAGCUGCGAGAGCAUGCCAUGCAGAUGCAGACCCCGGCCUGUCAUGCCCUGCUCCAGCUAGGCCUCAUCGCUCCACGUCCGUUACUUUUAGAGAGUGGUGCCUCUGGGGAGGAUCAGCGUCUCCAGCCAGCAGAGUUGGAGUAGACCAAGUCGAGUGAUAUUCUAUUUCUAGUAUUUCUAUUUGUAAUGUAAUAUAAUGUUGAGUAUGUUAAGUAUGGAGGUGGUACCUAGGUGCUGCCCCCCACCCGGUCAUGUCGUAACAAUA